AUGGAGACCGAACCCUCCAUCGACCCCCUCCUCCCACCCAUGCCCUUCAUACUCUUCCCCCCCACAGCAGUAAACAAAUUAAACAACCUGGAGGACGCCAUCGCAGGCAGGGCCACGCCCAGCACCAUCAGCGCUUCCACCCCGAGCAGGCCCAUCCAGAUGUGGUUGAGCAGCUGGUUCUCGUCUUGGGCGGAGAGGCGGGCGGAGAGGCGGGAGGCGAGGUUGAUGUCGAGGAUCAUGGUUGUUGUGCUCGUUCUUCUCUGGGAGACUCGGAAACGGUGGGUGAAGGUGAGGGUGAGGGUGAUGGCGGCGGGGCGGUGA